AUGUCCACAAGUCCACAUGUCCACAAGUCCACAUGUCCACAAGUCCACAUGUCCACAAGUCCACAUGUCCACAUGUCCACAUGUCCACAUGUCCACAAGUCCACAAGUCCACAUGUCCACAAGUCCACAUGUCCACAAGUCCACAAGUCCACAAGUCCACAUGUCCACAAGUCCACAUGUCCACAAGUCCACAUGUCCACAAGUCCACAUGUCCACAAGUCCACAUGUCCACAAGUCCACAUGUCCACAUGUCCACAAGUCCACAUGUCCACAAGUCCACAAGUCCACAUGUCCACAAGUCCACAAGUCCACAUGUCCACUAGUCCACAAGUCCACAUGUCCACAAGUCCACAUGUCCACAAGUCCACAUGUCCACAAGUCCACAUGUCCACAAGUCCACAUGUCCACAAGUCCACAUGUCCACAAGUCCACAUGUCCACAAGUCCACAUGUCCACAAGUCCACAUGUCCACAAGUCCACAUGUCCACAUGUCCACAUGUCCACAAGUCCACAAGUCCACAUGUCCACAAGUCCACAAGUCCACAAGUCCACAAGUCCACAUGUCCACAAGUCCACAUGUCCACAAGUCCACAUGUCCACAAGUCCACAUGUCCACAAGUCCACAUGUCCACAAGUCCACAUGUCCACAAGUCCACAUGUCCACAAGUCCACAUGUCCACAAGUCCACAUGUCCACAAGUCCACAUGUCCACAUGUCCACAUGUCCACAAGUCCACAUGUCCACAAGUCCACAUGUCCACAAGUCCACAAGUCCACAAGUCCACAUGUCCACAUGUCCACAAGUCCGCAGAUCUUGAAGAUGGAUCAGACGUUGCUGCUCUCCGUGCUGCUGAGUCAGCUGUGUUGCUCAGUGUCUCUGGACCUUGAGUACCACUUUAUAGAUAAGAAGAUGUCGUGGUCUGAGGCUCAGAGUCACUGCAGAGAGCAGCACACAGACCUGGCCUCAGUGAACAGCAUGAAGGACCUGAAGAACCUGACGGCUGCUGCAAACGGACGCACGGACGCCUGGAUCGGACUUCAUCAAACCAGUGACAAUCUCACAGACAGGAAAUGGCACUGGUCUCAGCCCACUGUCAAAUACAAUGAAUCAGCCGCUCCGUGGGGGUCAGGGGAACCUAAUGGUGGAGUAGCUCAGAGCUGUGUAGAUAUGGACAGUGAUGGCCUGUGGUAUGAUUAUCACUGUGAUGCAAUGCGCAGUUGUUUUUUCUGCUACAAGGAGUCCUCCAACACUGCUGUACUGAUCAAUGAUGCCAAUAACCUGGUUACCUGGUUAGAGGCUCAGCAGUUCUGCAGAACUCACCACACUGACCUGAUGAGUGGACUGGACCUGCUCAAACUGUUUCAGAAACAGAACCCAUAUUGUACUAAUUGUUGGAUCGGUCUGUUCCGGGACACCUGGAGCUGGUCCGACAGAAGCGACUCCUCUUUCAGAAACUGGAACUCACACACUUUGAUAAAUCCAGAGACAAAGAAAUGUGCAGCACUGGGAGCCGAGGGCCGAUGGGAGAGCGACGACUGUGGACUAGAGAAAAGCUUCAUCUAUGAAGGAGCUCUGAAGAGAAAAAAUACUUUGGUGAAAAUAAAAAUGUCCUCACCAGUGGAUCUCAACCAAUUCAGCUCCGAAAUAUUGGAACAGCUGCAACAACACUUUAAAGCGAACAACCUGGGAGACUUCAAACUGACCUGGAAGAAAGACGAAAACCAAGACGUAUUCAAAGAGCAGAAAUGUUCCUCAAAGAAAAAGAAAAAGUCGUGUGAUAAUGUGUGA